GUGCUGCCCCCGCCUCUCCUCGUCCCUUCCGGCCCCGCGAACCCGCGAGACACCGGGGCACUGCAGGCGUCCCGCCGCCAGCCGCGGGCUUGGCACUCCUCGGCGGUCGGGGACCUGAUGAGGUUUAAUUGCUUUCCUCUCCUUUGGGACCUGCUUGAGAAUACUUGGAGCAGUGACUGCCAUCUGGUGGCAAGCCAGAAUCAUCACUUUAUGUGACCAAAUGGUCAGAGAUGCCCACUCUUGACUCACAAGGUCUGCAUUGAAAGCAGGGGACCAGGGGAGCUUGGAGGGUAUCUGAUGAAGGAGCCUAGUGAACUAACUCUUCGCUUCCACAUGAAUGGGUUGUUAAUCCCAGACUCGGAGCCAGGAGCCAGCUCCAAAAUGGCAUCUCUGAAGAAAAGAUUUGAGUUGCUCUUGUUUUUUAGUCAAAGAUCUGCUGGUUACCUACCAGCGAAUAACCAAGACUAUGAAUAAGCACAUACCAGGAGGGGCAUAUGAUGACAUGGAGCCUGAAAUAAACUGCUCUGAACUAUGUGACGGUUUUCCUGGUCAGGAGCUGGAGCGGAGACCCCUGCAUGAGCUCUGCAGGACAACAAUUACCUCUUCCCACCACAGCACUAAGACCACUUCUUCAUUAUCUCCUGCCCUCUUGGGUAUUGUUUGGACUUUCCUCAGCUGUGGACUUCUUCUAAUAGCCUUUUUUCUUGGCUUCACAAUUCGCUGCAGGAAGAACAGGAUUGUGAAGAUGUCUAGUCCCAAUCUGAACAUUGUAACCUUACUGGGAAGUUGUCUGACUUACAGUAGUGCUUACCUCUUUGGGAUUCAAGAUAAAGGUUCUUUAGCGGGAAGCUCAAUGGAAACUCUCAUUCAGGUAAGACUGUCCAUGCUGUGCAUUGGGACCUCCCUUGUAUUUGGGCCCAUCCUGGGGAAGAGCUGGCGACUCUACAAGGUGUUUACCCAGAGGGUUCCGGACAAGAGAGUGAUAAUCAAAGACCUGCAGCUAUUGGGGUUGGUGGCAGCCCUGGUGAUAGCUGAUGUUAUCCUGCUCAUGACGUGGGUGCUGACUGAUCCCAUCCAGUGCCUCCAGAUUCUCAGUGUCAGUAUGACGGUGACAGGGAGAGACGUGUCCUGCUCCCUCACCAGCACACACUUCUGUGCGUCCCAGUACUCCGAUGUCUGGAUUGCUCUCGCUUUGGGAUGCAAGGGCCUGCUGCUGCUGUACGGUGCCUACCUCGCUGGCCUGACUGACCACGUCAGCUCUCCCCCUGUGAAUCAGUCUUUAACCAUCAUGGUUGGGGUCAACCUCGUGGUGCUGGCUGCUGGGCUUCUCUUUGUGGUCACCAGAUACUUGCACUCCUGGCCCAACCUGGUCUUUGGACUCACGUCUGGAGGUAUCUUUGUUUGCACAACCACAGUCAACUGCUUCAUCUUCAUUCCCCAGCUGAAGCAGUGGAAGGCAUUUGAAGAGGAAAACCAAACAAUCAGACGAAUGGCCAAAUAUUUCAGCACUCCCAGCAAAAGCUUGCACACCCAGUACGGUGAGGAACAGAAGUGCCACGUUAGAGGAGAGAAGAACUCCAUGGAGAGACUUCUCACAGAAAAAAAUGCUGUGAUUGAAAGCCUUCAAGAACAAGUAAAUAACGCCAAAGAGAAGCUGGUGAGGCUGAUGUCAGCUGAGUGCACCUAUGACCCCCCAGAGGGGGCUGUCCCACCUGCUGCGUCCCACAGCAAAGAUGCCCUGGCUGCAGCCUUCCCCCCUGGCCUGGCAGCUCAAGGGCCUUCAGAAUGCCCCUCUGACUCUCAGAAUGAUACCAGAGCGGCCACCCGAGACUCCAAGAGUACCUCAGUGCCCUCUUUGGGUGUACAAAGCCUCAGGGGGCCUGGGAAGGACACCAGCCCCUCUCCAGGGCAGAAGGAGAAAAUUUCUGGCUUGAAAGACUUUUCUGAUCAUUUAGGUUUGGGCUGCAGCCAGAAGCCCCGGGCAGAGCAAAGCCAGGGUGCAGAAAGAAAAGAGCAGGGACCCGUGACCCUCCACCAGAAUCCCAUGCCCUCUCAGAGACAGGGGCAGCUGGGAAACUCAGAGGAGCCCCAGGAGCCACUGGCAAGGGUCAAUGCGGUGAUCAGGGAGAAGCUUCAGGAAGUCCUACAAGACCUGGGCCUGAACCCUGAGGCUCCCCUUCCACCGUCUUGUCCCCAGCAGCUCUGGAAGGGCAGUGCUGCUCACAGCCCCCAGAAGAUGCCCCUUUCCAAGGAGUUGGGCCUCAGCCCAUACUUGGUGAGGAGAAGGCGGGCAGCACAGCGGGCUCGCUUGCACUUUCCAGGCUCUGCACCCUCCUAUGUGGGGCAUCGAGUAAACAGGACCGUUUCUGGGACACACAGUGGGCUGAGUGUGCAGGACAGAGACAGCUCCUGCUUGAACCCCCAAACUGCUGAUUCCAGGGUACCAAGACCCUCUUCUGGGAAGCCUUUACUACUCCCAGAUCCUCCAGGCAAGCCAGGCUCCCAGGAGGGUAGCAAAAAGCGCCAGACAGAGCCCCCAGGAGCCGAAGGAAGCUGCCCAGCCUUUUCUCACCUGCCUUCUGGUUCUGGCCGGGCACUGUGUCCCGCCACCCCAGGCCUAUCCGGAGCCUCACCAGACCUGCCUGAGCAGCGGCAGUGGCAGUCCCCAGGGUCCCCAGGCUGCCUCUCCCUGUCUUCUCCAUGCAGUUACCUUGACACAGAAUCCAGCAGCUCAGAUGAAUUCUUCUGCCGCUGCCACCGGCCCUACUGUGAAAUCUGCUUCCAGAGCUCCUCUGAUUCCAGUGACAGUGGCUCGUCAGACAGUGACCCGGAGCCCACUGAGGGGCUGGCUUCCUGGGAAAAGCUGUGGGCCCGCUCGAAGCCUAUCGUGAACUUCAAAGAUGACUUGAAACCGACACUGGUGUGAAUGGCAGAGCAAGUCUGGCCAUAGAUUUCUGUCUAGGACAAGCCAUACCAUGGCCUAUAAGAGGAAGGCCAGUUGUAGCCUUCGGGGAAUAGACUGGUACCCUGAAUUUGACCAGCCCUUACCAUGUUUCAGCUCUGCUCACUCAAGCACUAUGGUACCUUUGAGCCCUUCUCAUUCUAUACAAAGAGGAGUAUUGCCUAUCUUUGUUACUACCUCACGGCAUUCCUGUAAAGACUCCAGUUGGGUGCUCAUGAAAGAUAUGCUUUGGAUAAAAGGUGCUAAAUGAGCAGAGAGGGUUUUUUGUCCUGGCCAGCCUGUAAUCUACAAAACUCUUCAUAUAAACCAGGUGGGUGGCUGGUGGACAGAGAGAUGGAGAAGUGGAAGGAAAAUGUCCACAGAAUCAGAGCUGUGGACUAUGAUCCAUCAAACUGGCUUUUUUGGUGGCAGACCUGCUGAGAAGAUAUCUCCUAAGUCCUGGGGUGGCCCACUGUCAGCAGGGGGUGGUUUUGUUUCUGCUCGAGUUUGUGAACAGCACCACCCUUUGGUUCCAGCUUCCGGCCAGACUCAGCUCAGAGCCACCUGUAUACCACUAUUUGCUGUUCGUGUCUUUACACCAUUAUGGCCCCUCCCUACCAUCUUGGAGAUAGUCAGGUGUCCCCGGGGCCACAGGUGACCCAGAUCUCUCUCCUGGGCUCAGAUGGCACCAGAGCCCACCCCGCCGACUCUGCCAGUGUUUCAGGAUUACGGUUUGGGGAGGCACACGCUAUUGAGGUCGAGGAGGCCCUACUGGUCAAGAGGUGCUUUUGGUGCCAUUGGGGCUACAUGACCACUGCUGGCUGCACAAAUCUGGAAAUAGAAAAGAGGUAAAUAGAAAGGAAGAAAUGGAGGAGAAGGGAGGAAAGAAAGCAGGUUUUGAACAUUUCCCUUGAGUCUAGCAGGGUACUUGAAAUAUCAAAUAUCAAGUAAUUCCUUAAAAUAACCCCAUGAGGUAGACGUUCUCUUUCUCAUUUUUGCAGAUGGAAAUUAUAGGGCUUAGAGAACUGAGGUAGCUCCCCCAGCACCGCCCUGCUGGAUGAGGAGCCAUGGGGGACCCCAAGUGGGGAGACUGCCCUGGGGCACAGGGAGCAGCAGGCAGGGCGUGGCGGGCCAGACCGCAGAACCAAGGGUAGGGUAGGAAACUGCAGUCCCGGAAACCAAACUGGGCUCCUAGAGUUCCCAUCGUGGCUUACCCAACGCGUAUCCAUGAGGACACGA